UGCACUAGACAUGGGUGUUUUGUACCUCAUUCAAUGGUGGACUUUCAAAAGGGGGAAAGGCAGAUGAACAUGGAUUAUGCGCUGUGUCAAGCUCUGGGGUACAACACUGAUGGGAUCGACCGGGCAUUGACGUUCUAUGACAUCAAUUGUCAAUACCACAAGCAUCUCGACCAGCGGGUUGAGGAGUCGCCUUAUCUUGACCUUCCGUGGGGCAUGGAGGUAAUCCCUGGCAUCGGUCUCUGGCAUGUCCACGGCCAUCAAGACAAAUGCUACGUACGGUAUGCAUCCAACUUCAUCACCGGCGCUGCCAGGAUCGACGGCGAAAUCAUGGAGACCCUGUGGGCACCCUUGAAC